AAAUUUUAUCACAAAAAACCAAAGGAUUGAAUGAAGAACAACUUGCCGGAACUUCAAUUUGGAAUGAAAGUGCUAAGCCCUAGCUUUGGUUUGGUUCCAUCAUUAACUUCUCGACUGCAAUUUGAUUUCAUUAAUUUAGUAGAUUUUUGAGGAGGUACAAUGGGAGAGAUGGGUGCGUGCGUCGGGGAGAGUAGAGAUCCUUCAACUUCAAGGCCACUUUGAUUUUCACUUUAGAAGAGAACAAGCAUUCUCUCUAUAUUUUUAAUAAAAUUACUAUUGAAAAUUAAUCUUCUAAGAGAAUUGAUAGAUGAGAAUUGAAUUAAAAUGUUAGAAUUGGCAUUCUCACUUGUACAUUGAUCGCUGUCCGCGAAGUAGAAGUAGGAACGUACGAGUUGAAAGGAGACGUUUGCAAGGAAACGGGCUGCAAUGCGGAGCCAGCAAUGGCGACAAUGCUCAAACCAGUCUUUCUCCACCAUCUAGAAGCCCUGCAAAUACAAUUCAAGAAGACCACAAUCCAAACCCCUAAUUCUCCUCGUCGCCGUCGAUCCGUAAUCGCCUCUUGCUCGGAUCCGUUGGAUGCGUCUUCAGUGGAAGCUCAAAGGCUGGUCCAGCAAUUCAACCCCAAAGUCCCUGUACAAGAAGCCCUAACUCCUCCCAGUUCUUGGUACACCCGCCCUUCGUUUCUCUCCUUGGAGCUCGACCGCGUCUUCUACAGAGGCUGGCAGGUCGUUGGUUGCACUGAACAGAUAAACAAUCCUCGUGAUUUUUUCACUGGCAGAUUAGGAAAUGUAGAGUUUGUCGUAUGUCGAGAUGAUAAUGGAGAUGUGUGCGCAUUUCACAAUGUUUGUCGCCAUCACGCUUCUCUUCUUGCAUCUGGAAGUGGGCAAAAAUCUUGCUUUGUAUGCCCUUAUCAUGGAUGGACUUAUGGUUUAGAUGGAGCACUCCUCAAGGCGACUAGAAUUACAGGAAUGAGGAACUUCAAUGUCAGUGAUUUUGGGCUUGUACCAAUCAAAGUGGCCACUUGGGGGGCAUUUGUUCUGCUAAAUCUGGAUAAAGAGGUUUCACUUCAACGAGCAACUGAGGGCAAAGGAGUGGGAAGUGAAUGGCUUGGUAGCUGUUCAGAGAUACUGAGUGUCAAUGGAGUUGAUUCCUCACUUAGUUAUGUUUGUAGACGUGAAUAUAACAUUGAAUGUAAUUGGAAGGUGUUUUGUGACAACUACUUAGAUGGCGGCUAUCAUGUGCCAUAUGCUCACAAAGAUCUUGCAUCUAGUCUCCAGCUGGAUUCCUACUCUUCCACUAUAUUUGAGAAGGUUAGCAUACAAAGUUGUGAUGGUUCAAUGGAAAGUGGAGAUGAUUUUGACCGACUUGGAUCAAAAGCCUUAUAUGCUUUCAUUUAUCCAAACUUCAUGAUUAAUAGAUAUGGUCCUUGGAUGGACACCAAUCUAGUGCUUCCAUUGGGACCAAGGAAAUGCCAAGUGGUAUUUGACUAUUUUCUUGAAACUUCUCUUAAGGACGACAAAGCUUUCAUAGAGGGCAGUCUGGAAGAUAGUGAAAGAGUGCAGAUGGAAGAUAUCAAGUUGUGCGAGGGAGUUCAACUGGGGCUUGAAUCUCCGGCAUAUUGUAGUGGCAGAUAUGCUCCUGCUGUGGAGAAGCCCAUGCACCAUUUCCAUUGCCUGCUUCAUCAUGACCUUUCCCAGUGAUUGCUCUUCUGUGUACAUGUAUACUAUUGAUACUCUCCGUGGACUAACCAAAAACUCUCUUUUCAUACACACACACACACACACACACACACACGUAUGUACUAUUUAUUCCAUGUAUGUUGUAUGGUGGUGCAUUCAUGCAUUUUUGGAUGUAUCACCUUAAGCUUAUGCUGAAUUGCAAGGGCUACAAGCCCCGCCCCUCAGGAAAAUGUAAAAGCUCUUAUAAAAACCCUGUAAUGCGGUGCGAUACAUGAUCAUUGUUUUCUGUGGGAUGAA